CGGAAAGGUAACUGCGCUGCCCCGGGAUCCCCAUCCGGGUCAGAGGUCAAAGUUAAAGUCCUCCAUGUUUUUUUGGGGGGGGAGUUUAGGGAGCGCUCCUAGAAUCGCCUGCAAAUGUCGGCCGACACCCUGAAGAAGAGGAAGCCCAAAGUGAUCCGCAAUGAGGGUACCCCAGAAUCAAAACGCAAUAGGGGAGAGGGGGACCAGGACGUGAGAGUGUACAAUGAGGAGGUGGAGCUGGAGAGCAGGGAUACCAACCAGGACUACACUCUGUACAAGCAGACCUGUCAGGACCUGGCCAAACUCAUGGCUGAGAUCAACGAGCUGAAGACCAGUGGCAGCAAGGACAAUUCGGCAGAGAUUGAAGAGAAGCGCAUGAUGGGGUGCAUCCACUUCAUGACCCUGAAGAAGCUGAACCGGCUGGCUCACAUGAGGCUGAAGAAAGCCAGGGAUCAGACCCACGAGGCAAAGCAGAGAGUGGAUGCUCUUCACCUCCAGCUACAGAACCUGCUGUAUGAGGUGAUGCACCUGCAGAAAGAGAUCAGCAAGUGCCUGGAGUUCAAAUCGAAGCACGAGGAGAUCGAGCUGGUCAGCGUGGAGGAGUUCUUCAAGGAGGCCCCCCAAGAGAUCUCCCGCCCUAACCUCACCAGGGAAGACCCUCACCAGCUCACCUUGGCCCGUCUGGACUGGGAGCUCGAGCAGAGGAAGAGGUUGGCAGAGAAAUACAAGGACUCCCUGUCCAGCAAGGAGAAGAUCUUGAAGAACAUCGAGAUAAAGAAGGAGUACCUCAGCAGCCUGCAGCCAGGCCUCAACGCCAUCAUGCAGGCUUCGCUGCCGGUCCAGGAGUACCUGUCCAUGCCCUUUGAGCAGACGCAGAAGCAGAACGAAGUGGCGCGCCAUCUGCCCCCGCCUCUCUAUGUGCUCCUGGUUCAGGUCAAUGCGUUUGGCCAGGCCUGUGACAAGAACCUCUCUGUGUCCAUCAGUGGGGAUGUGGACGAAGCCAAGGCUCUUUCCAAGCCCCCUGAGGACUCCCUGGACGAUGAGAGUGAUUCUGAUGCAGAAGAAGAACAAAAUACGAAGCGAAGGCGGCCCACCCUGGGCGUCCAGCUGGAUGACAAGCGGCGAGAGAUGCUGAAACGUCACCCCCUGUCGGUCUGCGUGGACCUCAAGUGUAAAGAUGGCAGUGUGCUCCACCUCUUCUUCUACUACCUGAUGAAUCUGAAUAUCAUGACAGUGAAGGCGAAAGUGUCCACAGGGACAGAGCUGCCAGGAGCCAUCAGUGCAGGAGAGCUGCUCAACCCGGAGACUCUGCUGAGCUGUCUUUAUGCUGGAGACCAAGGCACAGAGACGCCCAACCCUGCCAAUCGCUACCAGUUUGAUAAAGUGGGGAUCCUGACGUUUGGCGACUACGUGGCAGAGCUGGGUCACCCCUACAUCUGGGUACAGAACCUGGGUGGCCUGCAGUUCCCUACAGACAGACCAGAGCGAUCAACCUCCAGAGGGAGCUCUCUCAGCGCCAGUCACAUGGAGACCACCAUGAAGCUUCUGAGGAACCGCCUGCAGUCCCGGCUGGCUCUGCACAAGCAGUUUGCUUCUCUGGAGCACAGCAUCCUGCCCGUGUCCGGAGAGUGCCAGCACCUUUUCCCAGCCAAGAUCGUCUCCCGGCUGGCCAGGUGGACCACCACGACCUACCAGGAUUACGUGGAGCUGCCCUUCACCCGGCACGUCGUGGAGGCCGGGCUGGCCCAGGACACAGACCUGUACUUCAUGGCUCUCAUCGAGAGGGGCACAGCCAGGCUGCAGGCUGCGGUGGUCCUCAACCCUCGCUAUUCGGAGGUGUCCCCUCUUUUCACCCUGUCCCUCAGCUGGAAGGGAGAGCGCAGCGGACGUACGGACGAUAACCUGAGGGCCAUUGAGAGUGAAGUGAACGUCUUCAAGUCGGAGCUGCAGGGACCACACCCAGGCCACCAGCUGCUGACCAACCAGCUGCAGCGCCUGUGCCUGUGCCUGGACGUGUACCUGGAGACGGAGAGCCAGGACGACAGCGUGGAGGGGCCCCGCGAGUUCCCCCGAGAGAAGAUGUGUCUGAGGACCGUGAGGGGUCCUAACCGCCUGAAACCAUUCAAGUACAACCACCCUCAGGGCUUCUUCAGCCACCGCUGAGCACAGCCCCCUCGACCCCCCUCCCUGCCCCUCCACAGCGAUGCACAUGGAGGGAGGGGCUGAUGUGGACUGAAGUCUUCACUGCUGUUCUGCAUCUUUUAGAUGGUGUCCUUACGUGUCUGGUUUGACUAAUAAAACUUCCUUUCUCACUC